UAUAGCUUCUCGGAUUUGUUUGCUUCGAAACAAGCCAAAACAUCAGAGCUGUGAACAAGAAGAAGCAGGAGCUUAGCUGUGCUUUGGCCAUACUCAAUAUUAUGUCUGCCGUUUGUGGUAUAAUACACUGAUUUCACCAUGUUAUUGUUCACAAGCUCAAGGAUUUCUGGUGUAAGAUACACAGAGUCUCUGAAGCACCCAUAACUAAACGGGUAGUAAGGAGAACUAGCAGCAAUUUCUCACCAGUUUGUUGUCCCAUCCGAACCUUAAUAACCAUGCCUGAGCUGUUCGACUGUGGAGUCUGUUUCUGCUGUAUUUCUGUCCUUCUACAUGGAGCUUCUAACGUUUCAACACAAAACCAGAAUUUGACUGUUGUUCAAAUCAAGGAGGACACAAUUUGGGAUUCACCAUUCCUUCAUCUGAGAGAACGUCUGCAGUCCUACUCGCAGCCGAUCCGCCCGUACACCCUGCUGACAAACACUGAAGACUACCACCACAUGCCCAGACCCAGACAUCUCCGGCCUUCUCGCCUCCUGCGUCUUCUGGGAUCCUCCUUUGACCUGAUUUGGAUGUCCAUAGAGCAGCCAUCUGAAGCAUCUAGGAGUCAGCUUUUGGGCAAUUUCUCACUUCCUGGAGAAUUCCCCACUACUACCAGGAAGAAGUUUAACCCGAGUGCUUCUCCAGAGCUGAGCGAGGCUGCAGCAAACAGUCGUCAGAAGCUGGUGAAAAAUGCCGCAGAUCUGGACCUUGGUUCUCUCCCAAAGCAUGUUGCCAGCUCAGUUAGAGACUGGUUGGUGCGCUCUGCCACUUGUGGAUUAACUUACCAAUGGGUGGAUCUGGGUCCGGCCUUCUGGCCACGCUGGGUGAGGCAGACGGACUGCCAAAAAUCAGGUGGAGAGCCAAGUUGCUCCUUUCCGGCUGGGAUGGAGUGUGUGCGAGCUGAAACCGCUCUCAUUAAGAUUCUGGCUUGGCACUGCUUGGAAAACAAAAAGGGAGACGAUGGGUGGAGAAGGCUUGAAGCAGACGGGUCUGACGGCGGCACUGAGAUGAGGACAGGCCAGGCCAGGAAAAAGUGUUUAUGGAGGCAAAUGCCCUAUCCUGUGGUCACAGCAUGUACAUGUUCAUGUAAAUGAAAUUGUUUAUCUCUUCAGGGCCAAUGAUUUGUAAUUGUCAUUCCAACUGGGCUUCUAUAUGCAUGCGUUUAUUUUAAAUGUCAUUGAGUUGUAAGUCAUUUCCCAAAGCAUUCAAUAAGACAUUGAUUGCGUUUUAGUGGAUUUAAGCAGAAUUUAUUAAGAAAUGUCUUCCUCCUGAUCAGUUGUUGAGUUGUUUUUCUGUCAAUGUUUCUUUUUCCAGCACUUCAUUUCAUGUAUUAAAGCAAAUACAAAUAAAUAAAUGGACAACAUAGACA